AGUGCUAUGAACUCCAGCAAAGUACUCAACCUUCCUGGUCCUUAUCUCAAGGCAACUAGCGGUGGUGUAGUAGUAAUAAGGGAAGUGAAUUGGCUGUUGUAGCAACAUGGAGCUGGUGCAGGACACCUCCCGCCCUCCACUGAAGUAUCUUAAGGGCAUUCCGAUGGUCAAGUACUUUGCAGAGGCAACAGAGACACUGCAAAACUUUCAGGCCUUUCCUGAUGACCUGCUUGUGAGCACCUACCCAAAGUCUGGCACCACCUGGGUCAGUGAGAUACUGGAUGUGAUCUAUCAGGGUGGUGACCUAGAGAAAUGUCGGCGGGCCCCCAUCUACAUCCGGGUGCCCUUCCUUGAGUUCAAAAGCCCAGGUGUCCCCUCAGGUAUGUCUUCAAGCUCUGGAAAAUACACUGCCACCCCCCCACUCCUCAAGACACACUUGCCUGUGUCCCUGGUCCCUCAGAGCCUUUUGCAUCAGAAAGUCAAGGUGAUCUAUGUUGCCUGCAAUCCUAAGGAUGUGGCUGUCUCCUAUUAUAAUUUCCACAACAUGGCCAAGGUCCAUCCUGAUCCUGGCACCUGGGACAGCUUCCUGGAAAAGUUCAUGGAUGGGAAAGUGUCCUAUGGGUCCUGGUACCAGCACGUCAAGGAGUGGUGGGAGCUGAGCCGCAGUCACCCUGUUCUUUACCUCUUCUAUGAGGACAUGAAGGAGAACCUCAAAAGGGAGAUUAGGAAGAUUCUUGGGUUUUUGGGGUGCUCCCUGCCAGAGGAGAUUGUAGAUCUCAUCGAACAGCACACAUCUUUCAAGAAGAUGAAGGAGAACCCUAUGACUAACUACACCACCUUACCCUCUCACCACAUGGACCACAGUGCCUCCCCCUUUAUGAGGAAAGGCAUCAUUGGGGACUGGAAAAACACCUUCACUGUGGCCCAGAAUGAGCGUUUUGAUGCACAUUAUGCCAAGAAGAUGGCAGGCUAUGACCUCAACUUCCGCUGGCAGGUCUGAAUAAUGACAUCAGUUAUCACCCUGAGAACUGUUGACAUAACUAGACUAUGACCUUGAGAAUAAAAAGCUACCACCUCUACUGGAAGUCAAGAGAAACCUAAGCCAUAAGAAUGAAA